AUGGCUCGAGAUUCGGAAAACGUAUCGGCUGGUGCCCAAUUAAAGCGGCCUCCCCUCAACCAACGCGAAAGCGAUUCCCACAGCGACACCACGAAUACCUCGGGAGCCCCGUCUCAGCAUCGCGCAAAGCACAUCUACCAGAGGCCCCAUCACGUCGGCCGCGUUCACGCCCGCGUCCCUUCGUCCAAGGCGGUGCAUAAGCAUGCAGGCCACGCCCUCAAGCCGAAUCGACGACCUACCUCCCCAACCGACCUCGACUCCCUCCAGCCUCCCGGUUCGCACCGACGCUCCAUCAGCGAGGUCAAGCUGCCAAGUCGCUCGUCGGCCACGCACCUCCCCAAGAGCGCAUCUCACUCGAGCCUGAAGCGCAACCGCUCGCAUGUCGAGGUCGGCAAGCGAACCCGCUCGUCCGACAAACUGAAGCGCACCUCCAGCGGUACUGGCAUUCAUAGCACCAAGCUUAGCAAAACCCAGGUUCACUUUGAUCUCGGAAGCGAAGAUCCGGAGGACGAGUGGGUUGACGCCAGCGGCUCCAACUCGCCCUAUCUCUCUCGGAAGGGGUCUCUGAACAGCAGUGCCCAGUCAUCGCUCCCGCCAGGUGACACCGGUCGCGGCCUCGCACGACCCGAAACUCCCACCGAGCCUACCCCUCCCCAAGCUCGCACGCCCAUUUCGCCCGAGCGCGAGAGAUUGCAUCACAAGCAAUACCUCACCUCUCGUCUGCUUCAGAGAACGCCGUCGCACGGCGCUCCGCCCACCAUGACGGCCGAAAGCGCACAUGCUGGUAUCCCGCAAAUGACGCCCUCGCCCAAUUCACCCGACCGUGCCGUCUCGCCCCUGCCAGGAAGGGGCCGGGACAAGCUCACGUCCAGAUUCGUCGACACUCUGGGCCCGGCACGUGCUAGCCAGGGUUCGUUCUAUCGCCCGCCGGAGGACGCCCCUCAUGCACCGGAUGAGUCUCCUCACCGGCCGGCAUCAGCGUCAAGCUUGUCAAAGGAGAUGGUCGAGACCGACUCGUCGACGGAAAGGGAAAACAGCGCAUUGGUGCCCGGACCGAGCAGACGAUCGGCCGGACCGCCUGCCGAGACGUCGCGCAUUCAGCAGAAGCUCAACCUGCAACGCGCCAGCUCGGUUCUCGAACUAGGCCAGGGCGUGGCAGGCGCCGGCGGCGUGGUCGGUGCCGGUCCCCUCAUCGGCGUUGGCGGUCCCGGAUUCGAUGGUGGUAGAAGCCGUGACCCUCGCGUCGCCAGGCUUCUGGAGCGCACUGGCAUGGAGUACCUGGUAGUUCGUCGACACCAGGUCCCGGUUACACGCUCGUUGAAUAGGCUUGGUCUACUGCCCAGCGUUAGCAAGACUCGUGGGGUUGCACAGGCCAGCACCUUCUCCAUCAGCAGCAAGAAAACCCCGGCGCUCCCCGGCCGCCACUCGCGCAACGUCAGCAUGCCCGACGACCAACCGGCGGCCGCGUCGCGACGCACAGGCGCAAACCCCAGUGCCGAAAGUGAUGAAAGGGUCGGCGGAAAUAGCCCUGUCGGCGAUGACGAUGACGAAACGACAGCGCUGUUGCGAAAUCUGUGGGAAAAGUCGAUGGAUUUGAGCGCCAGUGCCGACUGA